GGCCAUGGCGGGGCGGCUGUGGCGGCUCUGCAACCUCCUCAUGGCCGCUUUCUUCGGGCUGGCGGCCGCGGUGCAGGUGAACGAUCCCGAUGCCGGGCUGUGGACAGUUGUCUACCUAGUGCCAGCUGCCCUGACACUGCUUGUCAGCAUUAACCCUUCAAUAACAGAUAAUGGUGUUUGGAGGAGCCUCUGUGACCUUCAUUCUGCUGGUUGCAUUGUUGGGACCAUUGUAUUGGCUUGCUCUUUGUUUGCUUAUGCUCAAGGAAACAUUUUGCACGAAGAGGAAGGCAGAGAGUUGUUUGGUCUGGUGAUUAUUACAAUAUGGAUGAGUCUUUGUCGCAGUUCAGCAAAGAGUCCACUGGGUGGAGUUCGCUUGACUGCUGCAAUCGUGGUUGCUCUCUUCCCCUUUGUUUCGUGGCUGUACAUUUAUAUGAACAAGGAGAUGCGAGCAUCCUGGCCAACACACUGUAAAACGGUGAUAUAAUCAGCACUGGGAGUCGCACCGGGAUAUUUCCACGAACGUGUAUCUCGAUGAGAAACAAAUUGUACGUGAUUUAUAUUACAAAAGUUACAUAUUCAUUAGGUUUCCGAUAAGUUUAAUACAUAUUCAUUAUUACUCCGGGAACUCAUGAAUAUACGCUAAUGUCCUGAUACACCUGCACAGUUUCCUUCUCACGUGGUUAGUCCUCCUCAAAUCUUCUUCUUUCUCCUCUUCUUCAGUGUACACAGCUGGGUGACCUCUUAUGAUCUCCGUUUUGCAAGCUCAGCAACCUUGUUAUCCGUCCUGCCCAGAUGGUCCCAGGCUUGUUGGCAUAUUGGGCCCCCUUUAUCAGGAUGCCUCAAACUUUGUGUCUUUUUUCUAGUUCAUACCCAAGGACUAUUCCCUAAUUUACAGCUUCUCUUAUCCUGUUUCUACAUUCCAACUAUUUUACUAAUUGUUUUCUUUCGUACUGGAGCAUGAAACAGGCGAAGCCUGAGUUUGUGGGGCCUGACUCAAGUGUUGCCAAGUUAUAUAUUCUGUUUUAAAAUUGCUAUACGCUAAUUAGUUUCCCUUAUUCACUGUAUAUUCAAGACAUCUGGCAUCCCUGGAUCACUCUCCAGCCACCUCGUACUUUGGGAAAUCUACCGUUCUGUAACAUAAAAGUAAAGCAAACACUUUGUUUCAAUCAAUGACUGUUUACAGCCAUAAGACUUUCAGAUUUCCGCCUGGAUAGUCCAUUGAGACUAACUGAAAAAUUCAGCAGUCUGUAUUUCUGUUCCUACACUAAAAUCAUAUGUAGAAUAUAUCUGAAGCAAUAUUACUGCUAUUAUCUGUAACUGAAAAUUACUGGGUUUACAGAGUAAUAAACACUGUUUUUCUAAAGAAAA